GGUUGGCUUCUGUAUGUCUCAGCUUAGCCGAUAGAGAGUAAUACAGUAGAGUGGUUAUUCAUUGAGUUUCAUAACAUGGCUUGGUCUAAAUUCGGUCCCUCAAAUUAUGGGUACAUAAGACUGGCCCUGUCUCUCAGUGGUAGUCAUGGUAACAGUCUCUUGAUGUCGGAAUGCUAAGUAACAGGAAGAUGACAUCAGUGUCCCCUACCCACAGUGACGUCAUGUUUGGACGAGCUGGCGCUGCCAACCAUCAGGACAGCUGGGAGAUCAUCGAGGGCCUGAAGGGUAACCCUGGCAACAUCCAGGAGCCAGAGAAACAGGAGGGCUUCCUGCUCAAGAGGAGGAAAUGGCCCAUGAAAGGAUGGCAAAAGAGAUACUUCUUGCUGGAGAAAGGCAUUCUGAAGUACUCAAAACGUGGAGCUGAUAAGGGCAAGCUGCAUGGCUGCAUUGAUGUGGGGCUGUCUGUCAUGUCAAUCAAGAAGAAAACCAAGGCCAUAGAUCUGGACACCAACAACAACAUUUAUCACCUCAAGGUGAAGUCUGACAAGUCUCAGGAAGUGAAGUCACAGCAGCUGUUUGAUGAUUGGGUGUCGAAGCUGCGACAUCACCGCGUCUUCCGUCAGAACGAGAUCGCAAUGUACCCCCACGAGAGGCUUCUGUUCCACCCCUCCUCACACCUCUCUCCCAACCCCAACGACUCCAUGAGACAGCGCCACUCCAGUCUGGCUAAGCAGGCAUCAGUUGUCCAGCAGGCUAAGGUCAGUGCCUGGCUCCACUCCUCAGAAGACAUGGACAAGUGCUGCAGAGAUUUAGAGGAGUGUGAGUCUUACCUGUUGGAACUCAACCUGUUACUGAGGAGUAUGGAGGUUCUCCACCGCACUUACUCUGCCCCUGCCAUCAGCCUCAUGGUAAAACAUAACCUUGAACUACGCUACACUUACUCUGCCCCUGCCAUCAGCCUCAUGGCCUCAACAUACGACAUUCCCAAGAAGGAGAAGAGGGGGCCCAGGAAGUGGCGUUCAAAAAAUUACAACAAAGAUACCAAAAAAGAUAUCAUGGCCACACUACAGGUUCCUGGCUGUGUCUCCCCACCUGCCUCUCCUCAUUUCCAUACCUCCCACCCAAACCUCUCUACUGCUGAAGCUAACAUCGAGGAGGCCUUUGCUUUCCUGGACUCCCCAGACUCACCUACUGAUGCCAACCGCCUCCAGGAGGACUUCUGCAGGCUUGCUAACAACAUUCACUCCACUCUGCGGUCAGCCUAUAGUUCUCUGUCAGCAGAGAGAGACAGAGUGAGACACACUAUUGACCUGAAGGCCCCUCCUCCAGCACAGGUCAUGGGCCUCAAGGCAGACUAUGGCUCAGUGAGUAAGGAUCUUCCAGAUGGAUCCCGCCCCCUUGUCCACCAGGUGUCCAAUGAGAGUCGAGUAUCCAUCCCUGAGUCCAUGUCUGAGUUCUUUGAUGCUCAAGAGUACCAGCUGACCUCCAGCUCCUCUGAGAAUGAGGCCUCUGAUGAUGAUGACUCGUAUAUCAGCGACGUCAGCGACAGCGUUUCCAUGGACAACGGCUACAGCAAUGAGAGAGGAAGCGAGAGACAUGAGUCAGCAGGCUCAGGAGGAAGUGGUGUUCAGGUGGCCCGCAGGCGGACUACCCUCCCCUCCCCCCAGCCCAGCAGCAGCAGUGUCAGUCUAUGGAACAUCCUCAAGAACAACAUAGGGAAGGACCUGUCCAAGAUAGCCAUGCCUGUUCAGCUCAAUGAGCCUCUCAACACACUACAGAGACUGUGUGAGGAGGUGGAGUACUCAGAGCUGCUGGAUACAGCGAAUAACACACAGGACCCGUACCAGAGAAUGGUGUAUGUGGCGACGUUUGCAGUGUCUGCGUACGCCUCCAGUUAUCACCGGGCAGGAAGUAAACCCUUUAACCCCGUCCUAGGAGAGACCUACGAGUGUGACAGACCUGACAAGGGCUUCCGGUUCAUAGCAGAACAGGUGAGCCAUCACCCACCUGUUUCAGCAUGUCACUGUGACUCUAACAACUUCACUUUUUGGCAAGAUGUCCAGUGGAAGAAUAAGUUCUGGGGGAAAUCCAUGGAGAUUGUUCGCAUGGGAACCACUCAUGUGACCCUGCCAGCGUUUGGGGACCACUAUGAGUGGAACAAGGUAACUUCCUGCAUCCACAACAUCCUGAGUGGCCAGCGCUGGAUAGAACACUACGGAGAGAUGUCAAUCAAAAACACCAGCAGUGACGCCUGCCAGUGUAAAGUGACCUUCGUCAAGGCGAGAUCAUGGAGCUCAACGGUUAACGAGAUAGAGGGCAUGGUCACGGACACAGGGGGGCGUGUCAUCCACUCCUUCUUUGGCAAAUGGCACGAGGGCGUGUACCAAGGAGUCCCACCUUCUGCUAUCUGCAUCUGGAGAGCAAACCCCAUGCCUGUGGACCAGGACCAGUACUAUGGCUUCACUCAGUUUGCUAUAGAGCUGAAUGAGCUUGACGCUGCCCUGAAGCCCCACCUACCCCCCACAGACACACGCUUCCGUCUCGACCAGAGGUGCUUGGAAGAAGGGAACAUUGAGGGAGCUGAGGAGCAGAAACGGAGGAUAGAGGAGCUCCAGAGGGAGAGGAGGAAAGUCCUGGAGGAGAACAAUGUGACACACAAACCACGCUUCUUCAAGAAAUCAAAGGAUGACACGUGGCUGAGCUCUAAUAUAUACUGGGAGCAGCGGAAGAACCCCAGGUUCAGCAGAGAGGACUUCCCUGUGCUGUGGUGACCUCUGACCUUACCUAUAACCCUGUGACCCCAUGGGAGCACAGAUCUAGGGUCAGAUUAUUCUCGCCUACAACAAACCUUAACCAAUACAGGGAAAACUCAAAACUGACCUUAGGUCAGCACUUGGGGACAACACUCUGUCCUGUUGACUAUGGACCGCUGAGUGUCAGGGCCCACGGCCAAAUAUGGGCUUCCUGCUUCUGUAGGUGGAGAUGGAGCUAACUUAAGACAGAGCUUUCACUUGACUCUGUGUUUAAAAGAAAAGAGCUUCCUGUUUUGUUUUUGUCAUUACUUUAGUCUAUCUUCUUCCAAUGUCAUCCUUUUCUCUGUAUAUUUGUCAAAUGUAUAUUUUAUGCUGCCACUUUAGUACGGAUGCAGUCCAGCCACCAGUGUCUUAAUUGAGCAAUAAGGCCCGAGGAGGUGUGGUAUAUGGUCAACAUACCACGGCUACGCGGAGUGCCUGGAUACAGCAAUUAGCUGUGGUAUAUUGACCAUAUACCGCAAAUCCCCAAGGUACCUUAUUGAUAUUAUAAACUGCUUACCAAUGUAAUUAGAACAGUAAAAAAACUUUUUUUUUGUCAUACUCAUGGUAUACGGUCUGAUAUAGCACAGCUUUCAGCCAAUCAGCAUUCAGGGCUCAAACCACCCAGUUUAUAAUAUGGAAUGAUUUACUACUCAGGAAAACCUGCUGUAGAUGAUUACGCAAAUCAUCACUCACAGUUGGUGAGUUAAAGUGCCUCAUUGCACUUUUAUGAUGUCAUACCACUCUUAUUAAUGUAGUGUAAAGAAGCACACUGAUGGAGUCUUGUAACUAGGAGAUUGAACUUUUUCUAAAAGUCAAUCACUCUACUGUACGGUUCUGUCCAUUCACAAUACAGACGGUCUUAACUCCUCAACCAUUGGCUAACAGAACUUAUGAAAUAUAGCCACAUGGAAAUUCAUAAGACUGAGUGUUAAUGCCUGUGUGCUGCCCUGUUAUAAGAUUAUAUGUACUGUAUAUCAGUAAAGAAAUAGAGCAUUAUCUAUGAAGAUGAACAAUAAAACAGUGGAACUGUUAUACAAGAGUCAGAAUGACUACUUUGUGUGUGUGGUCAUGUGUUCGUUUGGCAUGUAAAAUGAUUAAUUUGAGCUGGGUUUUGUUCCGGAACCUACGUGUAUUUGGUCAGAUCCGGUUACUCUCAUGCAUGAACAAUUAUUUUCAAUGUACAAAUUCUAAUAAAAGCGAUCAAAGUUCA